AUGGUUUCGGCAGCGCAGCAUGCCUGGGAUUAUGCGCGUCUACGGGUGUGUGUGAUAAUUGCGAGGUGUGUAAGUGUGGUUGUGUGUGGAUCUCGGAGUGCCUGGGCAUGGCAGCUGGGAAGCAGGCAGAAUCCAGGAGAUGUGAACCCUACAUGCUGCCUGACCCUCUCAGCAGAUGGUGGCUCCAGAGAAACUGCCAUCUUACAUCACAAAGGCUCUAGUCUUACUAAGAAGAGGAGGAAUAACGGUCGUGCUAAGAAGGGACGUGGGCAUGUCCAGCCCAUCCGCUGCACAAACUGUGCCCGGUGUGUGCCCAAGGACAAAGCCAUCAAGAAGUUUGUCAUCAGAAAUAUUGUGGAGGCUGCGGCUGUAAGGGACAUCUCUGAAGCCAGUGUGUUUGAUUCCUACGUUUUGCCCAAACUGUAUGUGAAGCUGCACUACUGUGUCAGCUGUGCCAUCCACAGCAAAGUGGUGAGGAACCGUUCUCGCGAGGCCAGGAAGGACCGUACCCCUCCUCCACGCUUCAGGCCUGCUGGAGGUCCUCCACGUCCCCCUCCAAAACCAAUGUGAUUGGAGAUAUUUGCAUACAUGUUUCUGUAAAGAAAUAAAGAUGACUAAACCUAAA